AUGUCUGAAAGUUUCAAAUUGGUUACACGCAAAGACCAUGAUUUGGAACAGGGUGAACCUGAGGAGUUAGGAUAUGGAUCAUUCAGUUCAAUGGAGAUUGAUAGAGCUGGUAUACUCGUAGAUGCUUUCGUCGAGGUACCGCAGGGUAGACAUUUGGGUCUGUUUUCUACAAUGGUACUCUUUGUAUCCAGAAUGGUGGGAUCGGGUAUCUUUGCUACUCCAAGUAGUAUAUUUGUGAACUGUGGUGGAAACGUACUGAUAUAUUUUGGCGUAUGGCUCCUAGCAGCUUUACUAUCGUUUGCGGGGUUGUUUUUAUUUCUAGAGUUUGGAUCGUGGCUUCCAAGAUCUGGCGGUCGUAAGAACUUCCUGGAACAGACUUAUACAAAGCCCAAAUUGAUGAUGAGUGUUACUUUCGCGGCCUAUACAGUGCUUACGGGAUUUACGAUGUCCAAUGCGAUUGUUUUUGGGAAAUACUUUUUAUCAGCUAUCGGUUAUCAAAGUAUCUCUGAUCAUUCGAACCUUUCAAAAUACAUCAGUAUUGCAGCUGUAGUGACUGGUGUUACGAUCCAUGGGCUAUCAGUGAAAGCUGGAGUUCGCAUACAAAAUUUUCUCGGUGGGUUGAAGUUCGUGUUGAUUGCAAUUAUGUGUGUCCUAGGGCUGUACUCGGUUUUCUUUUACAAUUCACCCAUUGAAGAAGCAUCGUCGAUCCCAAUUUAUGCAUUCCAGGAUGAAGCUAUGGCCACAACGUCAUCCCUAGCCACAGCCUUCAUCAACGCAUUUUUCUGUUUUACAGGUUGGGAUAGUGUUCAUGCUGUGGCAUCUGAAAUUAAAAAUCCUGUGAGAACGUUGAAGAUUGCUGGGCCUGCAUCUCUUGCUGUUUGCUUCAUAUGUUACUCGAUGAUGAAUUUGGCAUACCUUAAAGUUCUAACAUACGAAGAGAUCAAGCAGGCUGGCCCUUUGGUGGGUUCAAUGCUUUUCGCAAAGCUUUUCGGACCACACCUUGGAGCAAAAUUACUCUCCUCCUCAGUAGCACUGUCUACUGCUUCUAAUAUUCUAGUGGUACUUUAUGGUGUCUCGAGAAUGAAUCAGGAAGUUUUCAGAGAGGGGUACUUGCCAUUCAGCAUUCCCUUGGCAAGUAAUAAACCAUGGAACUCUCCUCUACCUGCCCUAUUGGUUUGUGGUACUUUGUCUGUCCUUUGGCUCACCUUAUUGCCUGCAGAAGGUGCAUCAUACGAUUAUCUAGUCUCCAUGGAAGGUUAUGGUAACCAAUUCUUCCUACUACUCGUGGCCGUCGGGAUAUUUAUUUACAGAAGGAAACGUAAGGACGAGGUUCCCGAUACUAAAGCUCCAUCCAUAGGAGUUAUCGCUCUGAUCCUGGUCUCAACCUAUUUAUUGGCAGCUCCAUUUUUGGGAGACCAAGUUUCCAACAGUAUUAGCAUAUUACCACCAUACCAAAUAACGGCAUUAUCCUUGAUAAUAGUAUGUUUCCUCUUCUGGUUAGUCAAGUUCUUCUUACUACCCAGAAUGUUUGGUUACGUCCACAAGCAACGAAUAAUUACAUUAAGUGAUGGUUUGGUGGUAACUAAAUGGGUUAAAUGUUACCUUUAA